CGUCUCCAAUUUAGCAAUUUACCGUUUACCAAGCAUUUACAACCACUUACGCGGUAUUAUUAGCAUUUAGUUCAAUUUCUACAAGGGAGCUGUGUAAAAAAGGAACAAGGGAAGUCUGUGCACUAGUUGGAGCUGAAGGUAUUGGUAAGGCAGACAUUGCGCAAGCCGCCAUCUUUAGGUACCCAUGCCCAGUUCAAGGUGAUAAUUUCAAUCAAAGGCAUAAGGAGUUUCCAGGCUGCAAACUGGCUGCAUCCUGAUCCAAGUUAUGAGACAAUUCCUCAUCUACUAGGCAACAUGAGGAUGGACCUUUGACGCACUAAGUACGGGCGAUGGCGCUGGAGGCGGAGCUGUCGGCGGUGCUGCGCGCGCUGACGGCCGCCGCUAGCCAGUCGGCCGCCGAACUGAAGCCGGCCGAGGCGCAGCUCCGCCAGUGGGAGACGCAGCCGGGCUUCUACACGGUGCUGCUGCGACUGGCCGCCGACCAGAGCGUACCCGUCAACGUCCGGUGGAUGGCCGUGCUCUACUUCAAGAACGGCGUGGACCUCUACUGGCGGAAAACAGCGCGGAACUGCAUCCCGGAGACGGAGCGGCCCGAGAUACGGACCAGGCUGCUCAACUGUCUGAAUGAGCCGGUCAAUCAGGUGGCGACUCAGGUUGCGGUGCUGAUCGCUCGCGUGGCGCGGUUCGACUGCCCGCGCGAGUGGCCCGAGCUGCUGCCCAGUCUGGUGACGGCGGCGCGCGCCGACGAGCCGCUGCCCUCUCACCGCGCGCUGCUCACCCUCCAUCACGUGGUGAAGACGCUCGCCUCCAAGCGUCUGACGGCCGACCGGCGCGUGUUCCAAGAGCUGACGUCGGCGCUGCUGCCGCCGCUGCUGGCCGCCUGGCAGCAGCUGCACGCUGCGGCGCUGGCGGCGCCGGCGGACGCGCGCCUGCACCUGGAGCGCGCCCGGCUGGCGCUGAAGACGCUCCGCCGGCUGACGGUGCACGGCUGCCGGCGGCCGCACGAGUCGGCCGACGCCCAGACGCUGCUCACGGCGCUGUUUGAGCGGUGUAGGCAGGCGCUGGAGCUGCGCCGAGCGCUGGCAGACGCCGGACAGUCGCCGACGCUGGCCGAAAAGUACGCCGUGCUGCACACCAAGGUGCUGGCCGACACCCUCGAGACGCACCCGAUCUCGUUCGUGCCGCUGAUCCAGCCGACGCUGGAGUUUUGCGCCGUGCACGUGUUCACUGAGCGCGGCGCCGGACUGCUCUUUGAGAGGUUCACCGUCGGCUGCCUGAACCUGAUUAAAGCCAUCCUCCUCUGUCACGAGUACCGGCCGCCCAAGGAUGACGGCACGCCGCGCGAACCCGAGACGCUGGAGGCGCACCGCAUCAAGAUGGCGUUUUUCGGCAGCCAGCCUCUGGAGCAGAUGUGCCGCCACCUGGUGACCGAGUUUUUCCCGCUGACUUCGGACGACCUGGCCGCCUGGGACGCCGACCCGGAGGGCUUUGUCGGCGAGGAGGGCGGCGAGGCGUGGCGCUUCUCGCUGCGGCCGUGCACGCAGUGUCUGUUCGUGGCGCUGUUCCGCCAGUUCCAGGCGCAGCUGGCGCCCGUGUUGCUCGACAUGCUGCGCCGCACGCUGGCCACGCCGCCGUCGCCGGAGCUGGCGCAGGCGCUGGCGCGCGAGGCCGUCUACAGCGCGGUGGGAAUGGCCGCCUGGGAUCUGUACGACGAGGUGGACUUUGACGGCUGGCUGCAGUCGGGUCUGCUGCAGGAGCUGACCAUCCGCGAGCCCAACUACCGCGUGGUGCGGCGCCGCGUCAUCUGGCUCAUCGGCCGCUGGGUGGGCGUCAAACUGUCGGCCAGCCUCCGGCCGCAGGUCUACAGUGCGGUGACGGAGCUGCUGCAGCACGAGGAAGACCUGGUGGUGCGCCUGGCCGCCGCGCAGACCCUCAAGGACGCCGUGGACGACUUCGAGUUCUGUCCGGAGACGUUUAUGCCGUUCCUACCGGUCUGUUUUGGACAGCUGUUCCGGCUGCUUCAGGAGGCGCACGAGUGCGACACCAAAAUGCAGGUACUAAACGUGCUCUCGUUUGUGAUCGACCGACUGGACUCGGGGAUCCGGCCGUACUGUGACGAGCUCAUCUCGUACCUGCCCUCGCUGUGGAACGACUCGGCGGCUCACAACAUGCUGCGCGUGGUCAUCCUCUCGACGCUGAUCCAUCUGGUGCAGGGUCUGGGUCCGGACAGUGUCCGUCUGUACGGCCUGCUGACGCCGGUGAUCGCUCUCAGUACCGACCUCACCUCGGACGCGCACGUCUACCUGAUGGAGGACGGGCUAGCGCUGUGGCAGGCCGCUGUCGAGAACGCUCCGCAGAUGCACCCCGACUUUAUAGAGCUGUACGGUCAGCUGCUGCCGCUGUUCGAGCUCGGCACGGAGACCCUGCAGACGGCGUUCGGUAUCAGUCAGGCGUACCUGCUGCUGUCGCCGGAGCCGUUCCUGGCGCGGCACGGCGCCGCGCUGGCCGCUGCCUGCCGCUCGCUGCUGCCAGAGAUGAAGCCGGAGGGGGAGGUGAUGGUGCUGAGACUGGUGGAGAGCGCACUGCGCGCCGCACCGGAGACCGCGGUCCGCCUGUUCUCGCCGCUGCUGCCGUUCACCGUGGAGGCGGUGCACGCCGGCCAGGCGUUCCCCAUGGUCAUGUCGAUGCACCUCAGCCUGCUGGCGCGCCUGCUGCUCGUGGCGCCGACCGUGCUCUCCCAGCUGCUGGCUGCAGAGGCCGCCGAGCGGUCAUGUACGGAGGCGGACGUCUUCAACAGACUGCUGGAGGUGUGGCUGGACAAGAUGGCGCUGGUAACGCCCGUGGAGCGGCGGAAGCUGCUGGCGCUGGCGCUGUGCUCGCUGCUGCCGGCCGGCUCUGCGCCCGUCACCCAGCACUUCAACCCGCUGCUGCUGAACGUGGUGGAGACGCUGCACGACGUGGCGCGGCCCGACGACGGCGCCGACUCACUGGUGGUCAGCGGGCCUGAGCAGCUGGCUGACGACGCCGAGCCAGAGUACGAGACGGCGCACGACGCGCGGCGGCGCGCGCUGACGGCGACAGAUCCCGUCCACCGACAGUCGCUGAAGGAGGUGCUGCAGGCGCGGCUGUCCGAGCUCCUCGCCUCAGUCGGGGAGCGCCGCUACCAGGAGCUGGUAGCAGAGGUAGAUGUGGAGACGGCUCAGCAGCUGAGACAGUACGUGUCGCUGUGAUCGGACGGUGGCGCCGCGGGGGUACCGGGCCGGCCGGCAGUGAUCGGCGUGUGACGCGCACGGCCGACUUCUCAGUUAAGGGGCGGGGCAUCGCCAGGGGGGAGAUUUUGUUACGGAAAUGAAUGUGGAAUGCAAUAUAAUCUAACGCACUAUGUGA